AUGACAUCCACACCCAAAAAGCCAACACCCAAUACACCCAAGAAGAGCAACGCAGCCGAUGAGCAAGGCACAUCUUCUGAAAAUCAACAAAAAACUCCAAUGAAGAAUUCUCAAGUACAACAACAAUUUUCAAGUAGUACUACUACUCCAAAAUCUUCUCUUCAAAAAACUCCUGCAAAGAGCAACUCGGAGGGAAAUCCACCAUCCUCCAGAAAAAAGCAAAGAACACCUAUUGGUACUCCAAAAAACAUUCCUUUUGAUGACUCCAGUGAGUCUGAUCCAUAUGAUUCCUCUGAUGACGAAAAGGAUGUUGCUGUGGAGGCUUCAACCUCUUCAAGCCAAGCUACUGCUACUCCAAAGAAGGCUUCUCCUGCAUCAUUGACUGGCAAACGUACACCAAUCUCUGAACCAAAGAAUAUUCCAUUCGAUGACUCGAGCGACGAAGAUGGUGAUAGUGAAGAUGAUGAGGAUCCAAUUGCUGUGAGAGUUCAACAUACUGAAACACCAAGAAAGGUCACCGUUCCAGAAAAUAUGGACUCAACCAAAAAGGACGAACAAAAAACACCUUCCAAGGCUACCACUGAGUCCAGAGACACCAAUGCUUCCAAUCCACAACAGCAAACACCUUCCAAAAAUUCUCAUGUUGCCAAUCUUGUUCUUCCAACCACAACAGAAUCAAGUAGUGACGAAGAAGAGAAUGAACAAGCAAAAACUUCCAACAUUUCAACUCCAUCCAAGAAAAGUUCGGCUACUCCCACAAAACGUACUCCUAUCGGUACUCCAAAGCAUGUUCCACAUGGUGAUUCGAGCGAUGAUGAUGCUUCCAGCGAUUCGUCGGAUUCUGAGGAUGAGAAAGCCAAAGACAAUGAAGGUUCUAAGGUUGAGACAAAGAAGAAGGCUUCUCCUGCAUCAUUGACUGGCAAACGCACACCAAUUUCUGAACCAAAGAAUAUUCCAUUUGAGGAUUCAAGUGACGAAGAAAAUGGUAAUGAAAUGCAUGACGAAGAUGAUGAAGAACCUAUUGCUGUUAGGGUUGCCCAUACAGAGGAACCAAGAAAGGCUUUAAGGAGAAUUCAGCCAACUCAUGAACCCCCUGUGGCUCUUUCUACUCCAUUUGAGAUAGAUGAAGAAGAAAAAGUAGAAGAUGAAGAGGAAACUAUGAAGGAAUUAGCAGAAGAAGAGAGUGAACAAAACUCAAAGAAACGAUCUCUCAGCGAGGUUACAGAUGCAGUUGACACUGAACAAGAAUCCAAAAAGAAGAAGUACCAACACAGCCAAAAGGUUUCAUUCACGCCAAAAUUAAUGCUUAAUGUCUUGAAACAAACCUAUCCAAAUAUUAAUUUUGCAGAUAUAUCAUGCAAGCCAUACUAUUUCCAUGUCUUCUUCAACACUCAAAGAGAACGAUCCGAAUUUGGCAAUUUGCUGGGACUUGGAGAUAAAAGCUUGUUCUAUCCUUCAAACGAAGAGAGAAAGAGAGCAAAGGAAAAGAGAAGAAAGGAAAAGAAGGAAAAACCAGUCACCUCUGAAGACAAUCAAGAAACAGAAAAUGCCUCAGCAAGCUCUUCGCAAGAGAAACCAAAGACAGAAGCAAAGCCAAAGAAAAAUAACAACAAGCUCAAAAAGAAGAAACCAGCCUCCAAAGCCAGUACGAAACCAAAUCAAAACAAUAAGGUAACUAGUAAGACAACUCCAGAAUCAUCGGUGAACGACAACCAAAAAGCUGCUCCCAACACAAACCAACCACCCAAGAAGCUUGUAAUGAAGAAGGCUGCUGAUAACCUCAAGAACAAGAAUUGGAAAUAA